CUGUAAUUAAAAUAUCUGAGAUUUUAAGUAAGUAAGCUGACAUAUGUAAAUUAGCAUUGGCAUUCUUAUGCAUAAUCAUAAUUACAUGGACAAUGGACAGCUCAAGAGGCCCCAUGUUGAGAGCAACAGCCGUGAACAUGUACGUGAGGGCAGAGGUCAUGCACGCUGGGUAUCCGCCGGUCACCUGACGUCUCUGGCGGAGUUUACGGGUGACGGCUCCUUUAAGAAAACGGAACUGAGCCUCGGCUUUUUGACGCGCUGAGGAUGUGGGCAGGAAACGCCAUGCAAGACGAGAGAGGCGAUCACGCUUCCCAGCGCCGUUGCACAAUACGGCUCGAUGAUCAAAAUGAGCUGUAAUCGUGCCCGCUGAUGUCCAGGGGCCGUCUUUCUCCUCGGAUCUGCGCUCCGCGGCCGUCACAGAGCUCGCUAGGAGGAUUUUACCGGCGUGGGGUUUGACUCCUAUCCGAGCGAGAGGGCAGCCUUCCCAGCCUGCUCGGUUUGAAAACAUCGGGGCUGGUCAGCGGGUAAAGGAGAGAGAGAGAGAGAGAUAGAGAUAGAGAGAGAGAGAGAGAGAGAACAGGCUUCCUAGCGGAGGAGGAAAAAAAAAAAAAGGAGGUGUCUGCCUAUUUCACCCCCCACCCCAGCCACAGCCAUGAGGGAGUACAAAGUGGUUGUUUUGGGGUCGGGUGGAGUCGGGAAAUCCGCGCUGACGGUCCAGUUCGUGACGGGCUCCUUCAUCGAGAAGUACGACCCCACGAUAGAGGAUUUCUACAGGAAGGAGAUCGAGGUGGACUCGUCCCCGUCGGUGCUGGAGAUCCUGGACACGGCGGGGACCGAGCAGUUCGCCUCCAUGCGAGACCUGUACAUCAAGAACGGCCAAGGCUUCAUCCUGGUCUACAGCCUGGUGAACCAGCAGAGCUUCCAGGACAUCAAGCCGAUGAGAGACCAGAUCAUCCGGGUGAAGAGAUACGAGAGGGUGCCCAUGAUCCUGGUGGGAAACAAGGUGGACCUGGAGGGGGAGAGAGAGGUGUCCUCCGGGGAAGGCAAGGCGCUGGCCCAGGAAUGGACCUGCCCGUUUAUGGAAACCUCAGCCAAAAAUAAAGGAUCGGUCGACGAACUGUUUGCAGAAAUAGUCAGACAGAUGAACUAUUCCACUGUUCCCAGUGGUGGCGACCAGUGCUGCUCAUGUGUCCUGCUCUAAAGAAGAUAACAAAUACUACAGACACAGUGCAUCCGGGCUGAAUUUAAAGCUUCUAACAUGUCCUACAGGCUUUUUUUUUUUUUUUUUUUUUUUGCUAAACUAUUCUCUCUCUCUCUCUCUCUCUCUCUCUCUCUCUCCUCACACUGUUGUCUUAUUGUUGCACACAAACACAAAUCGACGACGACGACAACAAUCGAUGAUGUAUUAUAGUCUGGAAAAGUGUUUACAUGACAAAGUACUUGAAUGUUUUGGGAUUUUUUUAUAGCUUUGUAUAUGACACUUCUCUGGAAAUGUGCCUCAAUGGGAAUGUCUUAUUGUGAAACCUAAGAGACACUUGUUAUUUUUUUUUUUUUUUGUGGUUUUAAUUGUUGAGUUGUACUGUUACAUCUUCUAGGCCGGGUCCAUCUGUCUGGGGGUGGGGGGGAGUGUUCGGGGUCACUUUGAGGGUCACUUUGAGGGUAUGCUUCUGUGGAUUCGUCUACUUUUUUUUUUUGCCUGAGAGCGGCGGGCCUGAAAGCGCUUAAAAUCGCUCUUAAACGACUCAAUUCACCACUCAAGCCUUGCACAGGUUACUCAAAUCGUAUCUCCUCAAUUUAUUUCCCCCAAAAGGUCAGGUGUGAUCCAAGAGGUGCAGAUCGCCACCCACUAAGAAACUGUAUUUUAAGCUGUGGAUUGUGGUGGAGUUGUGUUAGGACUUUAUAUUCUAGUUUUUAUCCCCUCCCUUUCCGGUCUGGUGAAAGUGGAUUUAUCUUAAAACUUGCACUUAAGCUGACGGUGUCCCUCCUCAGUGUGCACAAACGAGGACCUUUAGUGCAUUGCUGUCGCUGCAUGGGGAACGCCACGACCCCAUGUCAAGUGCCUUCCCAAGAAAACUCCUGUGACUGUGCCAACUGAUGAGCCCUACUACUUCUGCAGUGCGUCUUGAUGGCAAUCAGAACUUUUUUAGCCGUUUUCAGUGAACAAUCUAAUUACAUUUGGUGUCAAAGUGAAAAGAGCCUCUUUCUACGUCACUGUCAGGAGGCUAAGCUUGUAUCAGACCUGCUGUUUCAGGGUCAGAUUCAGGCCGCUUCUCGAGGUACUAGUCCAACAAGAACAACAGAGUAACUUUUAACCUAUACUAGCAUUAUGGUUCAGUGAAAGGCAAGCCAUGUUUGUCCGUAUUAUCUAGAUUUUUUUUUUUUUUCUUUUCUUAAAAAAAAUAAUGUGACAUUUUUUGACUUACGGUAAUUGUUGAUUCUCCCUUUGGACAAAAUCUCAUGCCAUCCACCUGUCAGUUUCAAAGACUUGUAAUACAAAAAGCAUUUUACGUAA